GCAUCUUUAAACAUAAAAAAAGAACGAGGGCGCAUUUGAUUGGCAUUCGGUAGGAAUCUGGGCAUAUUUGAAAACUGAAAUUUUAUCGACGUGUCAUAUGAAAUUUUAACAUUUGUUUGUUUUUCGGGUUCCUGUGAAAUGGGAAAGGAAAAUAUUUUCCAGAAAUUUAUGUAGCCACAGUUUGUGAGUGAAAAACAGAGAUGGGACAAAAAGAUCGUUAUGCAAGGAGUAGGGGAGUAAUACUAGGUUUACCUUUGUGUCUCCUUCUUUUCUAUGCAUAUUACAACAUCCGGUAUUACCCAGAAGUAACUUUCAGUUUUCGAGAAAGUAAUGCAAUUAAAAUGAUGAAGGAAGUGUGGACCAAACUGAAUGCUAAAACAACAGAUGAAGGCAAACCUAGGUACAACAUUACGUUUCAUAACAAAGCGCCUUGGAUAAAAAAUGAACAUAUAUAUAGAACUUUGAAUUCUACAACUUGUCCACAGUUAAAACAUGAAUGUUUUGUGUACACUAAAAACAAGUACUACGAUACUUCAAAGAGCAUCAUUUUCUUUGGUCAGGAUCUACCUGCACAGGUGCCGAUAAAGAAAGAAGGACAAAUUUGGUCAUUUUUUUCAAUCGAGCCUCCAUUUCGAUAUUCUGUACCUCAACAAUGGAAGGAUAAAUUCAACUGGACAAUGACAUAUCGAAGGGAUUCGGAUAUCACUGUUUUUUAUGGAAAAGUUGGUAAAAGAGAAAUUCCUCUUCAAAGAAACUACUCAGAAAUAUUUCGAAAAAAGAAAAAAGCCAUUGCAUGGGCAGUUAGUCAUUGUAAAACGCCUUCAAAACGGGAAGACUACAUACAAAAGCUUCAGAAAUAUAUUGAUGUUGAUAUCUAUGGAAAAUGUGGAAAGCUAAAAUGUGGUAGGCCAACAGGUCUAAUAACAGAGUGCCACAUGAGGUUCGCGGAGGAAUAUAAGUUCUACCUUGCGGUUGAGAACUCAAUAUGCAAAGAUUACACAUCGGAAAAAUUAUUCAACUUUUUCUUUCAUAAUCUUACCAUGAUACCUAUCAUCAAUGGACCUCAAAACGUUCUCGAAUAUAUCCCCAAAGGAACAUUUAUUAACAUAUUGGAUUAUUCUUCGCCUUCAGAAUUAGCUAAGGACCUCCACCGAAUUGGGUCAAACGAAACGCUUUAUUCUCAGUAUCUACAAGAGAGAGAUAAGUACUGGGGCAUCAGAUUUAACUGGGGGAAGGCUUUAUGUUUAAUGUGUGCUAGGUUACACGAAAAGAAACAGGAUCCGCCAAUUCCUGAUAUUCAUUCUUGGAUAUGGAAUAAUACCUGCAUCAGACCACAGUGAUCGUUCCUCAUUACAUACAAUACAUUGAUCGGUCAA